CUGAACUCUUCACCACCCUCAAACCUCAGCCUCUUGCCCUCUCUGAACCACGCACGGUCGCACCAUCACCACCACCGACCGCCACCUCUCGCCCUCUCAGUCCUUUACCGCUACGGCGCUACCUCCCACCCCUUAGUCCAUCACCGCCACCUCUCACGCACUGUGGAGUGGACGUCAGUCAGGUCACAAUACAUCACGCACACCGCAGCAGGGAGUCUGUCAGUCAGGUCACGAUACAUCACGCCGGUCGUCACCUCUUCUUUAUUCGUCGCGCCUUUGCUUGUCGUCACCUCUUCGCGUCGGGUAACUGGAAUGUCUUCUUCGGAUGCAUUGAGUAAUACUCUUGAAAAGAGUACUCCAUCGGAAGACCCUAUAGGCACUAAUAUUCAAACUACACAAGAGGCUCCUCAAUCUCAACCUCAAGAACCCCCAACAGAUACCACAACUACUAAUGAAGGAAUGACAAACUCUACAAGUGGUGUUCGAAAGAGGAAGUUAACCUCUGAAGUGUGGAAUCACUUCAAGAUUGUGGAAAUCAAGGAAAAAUUAAAGGCUGAAUGUAAUUAUUGCAAAGCGAAACUACUUGGUGACCCAAAACAAGACACUUCGCACUUACGUGAUCACUUCAAAAGCUGCAAGCUCCGCACCACUAGAGAUAUAAGACAAUGUAUGAUGAAGACAACUCCAACAACUAGUGGGAAAACAGUUGUGGUUAGUGCAUAUACCUUCGACCAAGAAAAUGCAAGGAAAGAGUUAUCAGUUAUGGUUUGUCUUCAUGAGUAUCCGCUAUCUUUUGUGGACCACAUUGGGUUUCGACGAUUCUGCAAUGCUUUGCAACCUCUUUUCAAGGUGAUUACUCGCAACACUUUAAAGAGUGACAUCUUGAAGUCUACAAUGAUGAAAAGAUCGAAGACAAUGAAUGUUCUUGAGCGUAAUAAAAGUCAAGUUGCAAUUACGACUGAUAUGUAGACAGCAAGCAACCAAAACAAAGGUUAUAUGGCUAUCACGGCUCAUUACAUUGAUGAUUCUUGGAAAUUGCAAAGCCGUCUUGUGAGGUUUAUAUAUGUGCCGGCUCCCCACACGGCUGAGGUACUUUCAGAGGUUCUUGUGGAUUGUUUGAUGGAUUGGAAUCUUGAUAGGAAGGUAUCCACUUUGACUGUUGAUAAUUGCAGUGUUGGGAAUAAGUAGUAUGACCACAAUCCAAUCAAUCACGUGUCAAAUAAUU